CUGCGCCGGGCUCCCGCCCCCGGGGGCAGGGCUUCCUCUCCUUUGUCAGUCGCCUCGCCUUCCACCCAGUCAGUUUCGCUGCGGCCCCGGGACAGGAGCGGCGUGUGACCGGACCUGGAGCACCGGAUCGACAGUGAGGCAGGAUGGGUGAGUAUGUGGAGAAGAGGGACACCUGCGGGACCAUCUGUCUGAAGUACCUGCUCUUCAUCUUCAACUUCUUCUUCUGGCUGGCCGGAGGCGUGGUGAUGGCCGUCGGUAUCUGGACCCUAGCCGAGAAGAGUGACUACAUCAGCCUGCUGUCCUCCAGCAUCUACGCAGCCACCGCCUACAUCCUGGUGGUGGCUGGAGCAGUCGUCAUGCUGACCGGCAUCCUUGGCUGCUGUGCCACCUUCAAGGAGAGGAAGAACUUGCUUCAAUGGUACUUCGCCUUGCUGCUGUUCAUCUUCCUCCUGGAGAUCCUGGCUGGCAUCUUGGCGUACAUCUAUUACCAGCAGCUGAGCGAUGACCUGAAGACAAACCUGAGAGUGACGAUGAUCGAGAAGUACCGGGUGGCAGGACACGAGAAGGUCACCAAGGCCGUCGACAAACUGCAGCAGGAGUUCCGCUGCUGUGGAAGCAACAACUCACUGGACUGGAACGACAGCACCUGGGUGAAGAGUUCCAAUGCUGGGGGCCGCGUUGUCCCCGACAGCUGCUGCAAGACCAAGAUCACCGGCUGCGGCAAGAGGGACCACCCGUCCAAUAUCUACAAGGUGGAGGGGGGCUGCAUCACCAAGCUGGAAGGAUUCAUCAUGGCCCACCUGAGGAUCAUCGGGGCAGUGGGAAUCGGCAUUGCCUGCGUUCAGAUUUUCGGGAUGAUCUUCACCUGCUGCCUGUACCGUAACCUGAAGGAGGACACUCCGUACUAAGCCAAGGCAGUCGGCAUCCCAGCACGCACCCCCUCCACACCCCCCCACCUCCCCCCCCCACCACCAACCUUCCGAAAGCCACCUCCAUCUCUCUGCCGGGGUGUGUCGCAGGAGGUGGUUCAUUCAGUACACACUGGAACCCCACCCCCCCACACCCUGCUCCCCUCCCGUCCCCUCCAUGCGCUCCCUCUGUUCCCUCCCCCCCCCCACCCACACCACCUCAUGCCCCUCUGCUUCUCCACUCCUGGCCCCCUUGCCCCCCUGCCCCCUGCCCCCUGCCCCCUGCCCUGCAGUCAGCAGUCACAGGUGUGAUCAGGACCUGGGACACGUCCUGUUACUUGUGGUCCCAUGCUGGUCCUUCUCCGGGGUCUGCAUUCCUGGGGAUAAGCCCAGCCUCCCCGGGCAGUUCCCCAGAGCGGACCCCGGAAACGCAGCUACCGAUUCCUCUCAAGGACCCCCCCCCCCCCCCCCCCCCCCCGCCCCCAGCUUCCUCCCUCCCAGCGCAGGAGCCUUGGACCCUUGACCAGACUGGUGGGACCCUAUUCCCAGACCUGACUUGACCUGACCCUCUCUCUCUCUGCCCUCCCACCCCUGCCCCGACUCUCCCCCCACCCCCCCACGCCCCGUCGAUCCCCAGCCCCUCCCGGGAAUGCCUCCCAUUGGUACCCCCAGUGGGAAGGGUGGCCUCCGAGCUCCCGGACCCGGGGGAGAGAGAGGGCGACGAAGCAGCGGCAGGGACUCCUCGUCUUAUGGUGCCCGUCCCCGGGAGAAGCGACCAGCACCCGGGUAACAGGCGGGCAGAGGGACCCCAGGGCAGCGCCUGGGUGGCCGCUGGCCCAUUGCCUGUCCGGCAGGAGACAGAGAGGGCAAGGGGCAGGGGUUACACUGGCAGAGGUUGUGACACACGACAUUAACAUUGAGCCUAGCUGUAGAGUGAGCUGUCUCUGCUGGGUGUGUGGGGAGCAGAGAGCAUUGCCGGCAGUUGCAAGUAUCUCUGCUCCUGUCCUCUAACCCUACUGUAAUAGCGCUGCUGCCUACAGGGACGUCUCACUGCCUACCGCCUUGUAUUUUUAUAUUUACCGUAGAAAAUAAAACAAGAUCUAACACA